AUGUCUAUCAUGUUCUCUACUAGUCCCGACAACGACAAGCUUCAAGAGGAUAGCUACAGCUUCCCAAAUAUAGCAGAUGACAGCCUGCUGUCGCUUAUGCGAUGCCCUUUGCCGCUCUGCUUGGAUCAUGCACGCCCUGUACCUGUACCAAGCUCGUCGUCCCCUUCUUCCUCCUUUCUCCCUUUGGCGUCCUCUUUUGAGGACCCAUUCAAUGAUCCAGGCAUGGAACCUUUGCCUCUCAGAUCACAGGGUCCUGUCAAUCAUCAUGCGCCUCUAACGCAAUCAAUGAGAGAUGAUUAUCUCGCCUCUUCCUUCAUGGAACUCCUGAACAAGCCAAAUGACACCAAACUUCGACAAGAAGACCUGGUUAGCAUUGCGAACUCCAAAAGAAGCUCUGAAGCUUUCUUUCCCAACCAAAACCAAGGAUCAUGUAAGCGCCAACGAACGAGUCACAUGGAAGCCGCCUAUGGCGAAGAAAGCAUGCCUCGUUUUCGCCCCUACCAAGACAAGCAAUGGCGAGCUCAGUUCGCAAAGCUCGUCCAAUACAAGCUCCUUAAUGGACACUGUUGUGUUCCUCAUUCUUACUCAGGAGAUCCUACCCUCGCUCGAUGGGUCAAGAGACAAAGAUACCAAUACAAGAAGUUCCGGGACUGUGACGCAACAUCCACCAUUACAGCUGCUCGCAUUCAAGAGCUUGAGUCGAUUGGCUUUGUGUGGCACUCGCAUGCUUCAGCGUGGCUAGAGAAGGUCAACGAGCUCAAGGUCUUCAUGCAACGAACGGGACACUGUAACGUCCCAUCUCACUAUCCAGAGAACACUGCACUCUCCACUUGGGUAAAGUGUCAACGUCGGCAAUACAAAGUAAAAAUCUCUGGGUCUUCUUCUUCGACUAUGACGAUGGAACGCUUCCAAAUGUUGCAAUCCUUGGGUUUUGUGUUUGAACCACAACUAUCGAGACGAACGGAGUUGAAUAUGAUGCAAUAA